AUGAAAACCAAAUUGAAUCCACUUUUCUUAAUCACAUUUAUUAUAUUAGUAACCUAUGUCUCAAUUGGAAUUGCUCAAGAUAACUCUUGCAUAAACAAGCUAUCACCAUGUUUAAACUACCUCAAUGGGACUAAAAACCCACCUGAUAGUUGCUGUGAUCCAUUAAAAUCCUUGAUUAAAUCAGAUGCAGCAUGUUUAUGUAGCUUGGCAAGUAACAAAGGUGCAAGACAAGCUGAGAAAGCUGGUAUUAAUGUUACUGAGGCUCAGAGUUUGCCUGCAAGAUGUGGCCAACAUGUUAAUCCACUGUCUUGUCUCACAAAUUCUGGUGGUUCCGGGAACUCGGCAGCAAAGUUGAUGAACAUGUCUUGGCUAGUCAUGAUGGUUUCAGUUGUGUCAUGUGUUAUACACAUGUUGUUAGGAUCGGUCUAG